AUGGAAGCAAUUGCAUCAUCAACAACAACAUCACUAAUGAACGACGUCAUAGAGGAAAUCUUGUUGAAACUUCCUGUGAAAUCAAUACUUCGACUCAAGUCUCUCUCAAAACAAUGGAGAUCGACGAUCCAGUCUCGUAGUUUUGCAGAGAGACACUUGAAGGUUGCCCAACGAUCCCACAUGGAACACUCAAAAGUCAUCGCCAUGUCCAACCACUUAUCAAAAGAUGAGCGUCGUUCGAUUUGUUUUAGGACAAUCAUCUCCUUAGAGUCGACUCCACUUCUAUCGUUUACUCUUCCCAAAUCCCGUCCUAUCUACUCCCAUUUCUACGUUUCUAAGAGUUGUGACGGCCUUUUCUGCAUCUAUUCCUCGAAAUCAGAGUUUAUACAUGUAGUUAAUCCGGCCACACGGUGGUUUAGACAACUUCCUCCGGCUAGGAUUCAGAUUUUGAUGCACAAGUUGAUACCCAAUCUAGAUGUGUAUGCACAACUUCCUCCGGCUCUAUUCUCUUUCAUGACAGUAGUCCCAGCUCUAGCAAUUGUGAAGGAUAUUGAUUACAAAUUAGUGUGGCUAUAUAAUUCUGAUGAGUAUAAUUCAGAUACAUCGAGUCCAAACGAGGGACUUACCAAGUGCGAAGUUUUUGAUUUUAGGGUAAACUCAUGGAGGUACUUGACUUGUAUUCCAAGUUAUCUGAUAAGUAAUCAACAAGGUCCGGAAUAUGUAAACGGAUCGAAUUAUUGGUUCACAGAACCAUAUAAUGGCGAAAUCAAAGUAAUAGCUCUUGAUAUACAUACUGAAACGUUUCGGUUGUUGCCUAAGAUUCAUCCGGUUAUCGCCACUUCAAGUCCUAAGGAAAUUUACAUGUGCACUCUGGAUAAGAGGUUGUGCAUCAUGACAAAGGUGCGCAAUACGAAACUCAACGAGAUUUGGAGAUUGAAAGCAUCAGAAGACAUGUGGGAGAAGGUUUAUACCAUAGACUUGUUUUCUUCUUCUUCUUCUUCCGAGUCUCUAUUCCAAAAGUAUAUUGACUGGAACCCGGUGGUGAUAUGCGAUAACAAGAAGAUAUUGUUCUCAUGUCUUCACGCCCAAAAUCUAAUAGAAUACGAUCCCCAAACAAAAUCCGUCUGUUCAUUUUUCAAUCAUCCUGAUCAGUGCAAAAUCUUAAGACAUGUUCCUUAUAUUCAAAGUUUGAUCUCUAAUAUAUAA